CAGCCCACACUGAUCCACACAGCGCCUCAAUUCCAGUCUUAUAGCCUGCGUUUUCUCUCCUGCCUCCCGCCGGAGUCGCGACUGCCAUCCACGGAAUCUAGCUUAGCUACUGCUACUAGGACCUCCCUUAGCUGCCCAUAAAAGGUGGGAAAUAAAAGAGAAGUUCUACCUCAAUCUUGUAACCCGACAAUAUUUUCCCACCCCUCUGAACAAGAGACUUGGAGUUACUUGGAACUACACUCAACUUUGAGGGUUACAGAGUUUAGACAAAACAGAAGUCCGAGCUGAAAAAGCCUGUAAGCGAUAUUUAAACUCUGCGCUAAAGAGCUCAGCAGCUUCACCGCUUCAGUCUGAGACUAAUGAUGUGAGGAUGAGCUACAGACACGUUAACACGGAAGUUCUCACCUCCAUCCACUUCGAGCAGAGACGCUCUGCAGACGUUAGUCCUGAUCUUCUCUCAGCUCCACAUGUCGAUCAGACUGACUCGCUCCGUGUUUCAGCUCCACUCAGACCUGCAGGAUGAGGACUGUUUAUCUGGGAAUGCUGCUCUUAUUCCAAAGCGCUGUUUCCUCCUUAACGGAGUUCAGCGUUAAUGGAGAGAUCAGGAACUUUGCUGUUGGAAACGGGAAAGUGUUCGUCGUCACCGAUUCUCAGCUCCUCCAGAUGAGGCUCGAUCUAGUAGAGGAAAAACACAAGGACAUACAGAACCACAGACACCAGAACCGAGUUAAUAUUUUACUGCCUUUCGACGCGAAUAAGACCCUGAUAACCUGCGGAACCUCUGACUGUGGAUACUGUGAACUCCUGGACAUCAAUGACAUCAGCAGAAGUCUCUACAGGGAGGAUGUUACAGUCGGACCAUCUGUUAAUAAAUCAUCUGUUUCUUUUAUUGUAGAUUUUGAUGAAGGAACAGAGAAAUACAUGCUGGUUGCCAGAGAAAAGGUUCCUGAUGACUGUGGCUCUGAUGAAGGAGUUUUUCUGCAUAACACUCUGGAAUCUCAGACAGGAGGAAUUUUCUCUAAAGCAGGCAAUGAGCCAACUGAAGCCAGGAUUUCUCCACAGAGUGAUGCUGAGUGGAUUGACGGCUUCCAAUCAUCUCCUCCCUCUCACUCGUUCCUGCUGGUGAAUGUUAAGUCUAGAACAGGUCCAGCUGUGGUGGUCUUAAGGAUGAAGAACAGCCGCAGGAAAACUGAUAUGACCAAAUCUCUAGAAGGUGCAGUGCUACAGUGCUGUGAUGAUAAAGAGCGUAAAAAGCUCUUGUCCUCCUCUGUAGUUCUCUCCUCUGGAUCUCCUCUUCUCUGGGCGGGAAUAUUCACUGCACAAGAACCGAACGACCCCCAGAAAACUGCUUUGGCCAUUUACGACCUGAGUCAGAUCAGAGACCGAGUACCUUCAUAUUUCAGCUGUACACCAACGUGCAGAGCUCAUAAAGGAGAAGAUGUUCUGAGGCCUCGUGCUGUGGUGCUCAAACACAGUUCAAUGUCAUCUGUAGCAGCAGAAAAGAAAGGAUCCUGGAUUGAGCUCUACAUCGGCACUGCUACUGGACAACUGAUGAAGAUUGUGCUGGACAAGGCUUUGAAUUCUGGCUGUGUGACGGUUCUGUACAAAUCUGAUGAUGACAGGAUGGUGUUUCCCAGAAUGCACUUUGAUCCAGUGGAUCAUAAAUACAUCUACAUAGCUUUGAGAAAUCAGAUCCGGCGAGUAGCAGUGACUCAGUGUGGUAUGUACAGCACUUUGAGAGACUGCAGAGCUUCUCAGGAUCCGUCCUGUGGCUGGUGUCUGAAUACAAGCAAAUGCUCGACUAAAGAUGAGUGUUCAGCCCCUCCUUGGAUCUCCAUUCCUGAAGAUUCUUUUCAGAAAGAGCUGAUUUCUUUUCAAGUGACUGAACUCUCCACUGAGGUCACUUUGAAUCUCUCCUUGAAUGUGGCAGGAAAGUCUCCCUUGACAUGUACUUUCAUGGAUGAACAUGUAAAUCUAUGUAACAGCAGUUCUGGAGUUUUCCCCAGCUGCUCCUGCAGAUUCUCCAGCCAGCACCUGCCAGUUAAUGUCACAGCGACUGUCACUAUUGGAGAUCAGAAAAUCACAGAGAGACUGAAACUGAGGAGCUGCCCAGACGUCACAGAGACAUCACCAUAUGCUAAGUGUGUAGCGUGUGUCUCAGCUGGGUGUCAUUGGUCCAGCAGUAGUAAUCAGUGCAGCUGGGCUCACGGCUCUGCUUCACAGGUGGCAGUGAUGGACAAGUGUGAAGGAUUAUAUUCUGAGAGUAAUGCACCAGAGAUUUUCUCCCUGGAGCCUAAUCUGGUCUCCUUUCAUGGCAAAAAACAUGCAGUGCUGAAAGGAAGAAAUCUGGAACUGGUAGAGAAAAUCCGCUUUCAUGGAGUCAUGGAGUGCACUUCAAAGGAGACUCCAGUGCUGGAGCGCUCCACUGACACUCUGAAGUUCAGCAUUCCGAGUGGAAAUAAAGGAACUGUGAGGGUGUGUGUGGUGACCGUAGAUGGCCGUUGUCAUAGUAAUGCCAAAAUCACUUAUGGUGCUCGGCCUACCUGCACUGGACUGCAGCCUAGGAACACCUGGGCCAGUGGUAAGAGGAAGAUCACUGUGUUGGGGAACAAUCUGGAGUUUGUGGAUGCAGUUGUUGUUCAUCAAUAUGACAAACCAAUCACCCUCAACUCAAACAAGACCUUCUGGUUCCACACUCAUGAUCAGAGAGAAUACAUGGGCUUUGGGCCGUUCACUGUCUCUCUCCUAGUGGGGAGCUCAACAGUGGUCUGUGUAGAUGAACUGUCUUACCUCCCAGAUCCAGAAUUCACCAGCUUCUCCACCUCUAAAAUGGACAAUGAUGUGCUGGUCACCAUACAGAAAACAGAAGACAAGCUCAAUAUGAGUAAGGAAGAGAUGAGAGUGUGGGGGCUGCAGGGAAAAGAGCAGUUUGAGUGUGUGAUUGAUACAGUUAUGUCCACAGCUCUCACCUGUAGAAUUGUGGGAGCAAAGGACUCUGAAAUCAGCGUGGACUCAUUCAAGAUCAUGUUUGGCAAUUCUACCAAAUUUCUAGAGCUGAUACAACAUGGCAUAAAGUAUACGUGUGCACCUGUUGCAGUAACCAUUGUGAUUCUUCUUGGUGUUCAUGCUGGAAUAUUUAUCAGUGGUGUGGUCUCGAGACGCAUGACUCAGAUCUCAGGCAGAUUUGAGUCGAGCAACUAAGGAUUUCUUGGCGGCCCUUUAUGGUCACAGCACACUACUCUUAGCGUGAGGUGUAGCGCCCAAACGUUCAAAAUGAGGUCCUCACAAAUGCUUUGUAUGUGUAUUUGCAGACCACAGUGAUCGUAUACUGUUAACUUUGUAAUGUGAUGCUGUAUAACAAGGUUUUGAGAUCUAAUGUCAUUAUCAGAUUAUCAGAUUACUUAUAUUACUGUGUCCGCUUUCACUAAUUCCUGCACCAUGUUACAUUAAAUUGUGAAUUUGUGAUUUUA